CUAUAGGUCAUUUCGGUAUUUACACAUUUUGACACAAUAGUUAUUUAGUAAACACAUAUCGAGUAGGUGGUUGAAGAUUGUUUAUCUAAAUUUUUAAGGAGCACACAGUAAAAUGGGAGAACGCAAAGGACAAAAUAAAUACUAUCCACCAGACUAUGAUCCCAAAAAGGGUGGCCUCAACAAAUUCCGUGGCACGCAUGCACUUCGUGAGCGUGCUCGGAAGAUUCAUCUGGGCAUUAUCAUUAUACGUUUUGAAAUGCCAUACAAUAUAUGGUGCGAUGGCUGCAAGAAUCACAUAGGUAUGGGUGUACGUUACAAUGCGGAAAAGACGAAAGUGGGCAUGUACUACUCUACCCCUAUUUACAAGUUUCGUAUGAAAUGCCACCUUUGCGACAAUCAUUUUGAAAUACAAACAGAUCCAGGCAAUUUAGAUUAUAUUAUAUUAUCUGGAGCGCGUCGUCAAGAGAAUCGUUGGGACCCUUUACAAAAUGAGCAAGUUGUGCCUGAGACUAAAGAAGUGCAGAAGCGUUUGUUCGAUGAUGCUAUGUACAAGUUGGAACAUCAAGCGAAAGAUGUUAAAGCUGGUGAAGAUGCUAAGCCGGUGCUGGAGCGUUUAUUUGACCGUAAUCGUACUGUUUGGGAUGACAAUUAUGAAGCGAAUUGUCGGUUGAGGGCAGAGUUUAGAGCAAAGAAAAAAGAUUUAAAAGCACAAAAGCAACUCGACGAUCAACUACUUGCAAGGAAUAGCCUUGAAAUUACGCUUCUACCUGAAACUGUGCAGGACAAACAAAUGGCAGAACUAAUGAUGCUGCAGAGCAAAUCAGCCCACGAACGAGAAGCCGAGAAAAGAUUGGAUAUACUGAUGAAACCUGCACUUCCAGGUGCAACUAAAACAACGUUUGGCGGCUUGAAACGACAGAAAAUACUUAAUGCACAUUUACAAUUUGGCGAUUUAGGUAUAAAAAAGAAAUCAAAAGAUGAGUGUGCAGCAGGAACUGCAACAGAAAGAAACUCCACCGAAAUAGAAAACAAAAGUGAGGUAGAAAAAUUCAACGGAUUGUUUAAACAAAAUAAAAACUCAGAGACUGUAAAAGCUAAGUUACUGGAUACGCCAAAGAGUUUGGCUUUAGUCUGUGAUUAUAAUAGUAGUAGUGAUACCGAAAGCAGUUAAUUUAGAAACAUUUAAAUAAAUGAAAAAUUAAGUUUUAUUAUGUAACAUUUAAAUAUACAACUAACAGACAGAAGUAAUGUUAUGAGCAUGGAUUCUAGUAUAAAUAAAACUUCAUAAUAAGAUAUG